AUGGAUCUGCCACCCUUUGACUUGUGGAGGGACUACCUCAACCUCAGCAAGGUGGUGCUGGCGCUGGUCAAGAGCAGAAACCAAAGGCUGGAAGUCGAGGAGACAGAGGAGACCAAGGAGCCCACCCGUGAGCCUUUACCGGGACAGCGCAGUCCGGAGCCGGGGGCCACCCUGUGCAAUUUCUGCAAGCACAAUGGAGAGUCCCGUCAUGUGUACGCCUCACACCAGCUGAAGACGCCGGAAGGCGUGGUGCUGUGUCCCAUCCUGAGGCACUAUGUGUGUCCCCUGUGCGGGGCCACCGGUGGCCAGGCCCACACACUCAAGUACUGCCCACUCAACGGCAACCAGUACUCCCUGUACCGCCGCAGCGGACGCAACUCAGCUGGCCGUAAGGUCAAGCACUGA